UAAUGAGAGGACAAAUAUUCUGAUGGGACUUGCUUGCAUGGCUAAAUAUUCCCUUCUUAAAUUGAUGUGACAUAACACAAAAAAGGCAAAGUAUAUAAACCACCAAUUAGGUGAUUUUGAUGAACAAAAAAUAUUCACUCAUGUCUCUUCCUACUUGGUUAAAUCUCAAGAUUAAGUCCCCUCAUGAGUAUAGAUACAAGCCUACAUCUAGGCUCAUUCCAUCUUCUAUUCCAUCAAAGUUGAAUCUACCAUAUACAAAUCACUCUGAAUGUCCAAACAUUCUAUGUCCUCCAAUAGACCAGAAUGUUGCAGCAAUAGUGUUUGGAGAUGGAUCAAAUUCAAAACUUUAUCCAUUGACAAAGAGGAGAUCAGAAGCUGCACUUCCUAUAGCAGGAAACUACAGGCUCGUUGAUGCAGUUAUCAGUAACUGCAUCAACAGUAAUAUCAAGAAGAUUUAUGCACUUACACAGUUUAACUCUGCCUCUCUGAAUUCUCACCUUUCAAGAGCUUAUUCCUCUGCACACAUCGGAAACGAACCAUUAGUUGAUGUCAUUGCAGCUUAUCAGAGUCCUGAAGGCAAGGGCUGGUUUCAGGGAACUGCUGAUGCGAUAAGAAGAUGUUUGUGGGUACUAGAAGAGUAUCCGAUUGUAGAUUUUCUGGUUCUUCCUGGUUACCAUCUUUACAAAAUGGAUUUCCAGGAACUCUUAAAGGUCCACAGCAACAACAAAGCCGAUAUAACUGUUGCAGUGUUGAGCAGAAAGACGGAUAAAGAUAUAGAACUUGGUACUUUCCAAGUAAAUUCUGAAAAUCAAGUCAUUUCGUUCAAAGACAAUCCAGAGGUACAAAAUUCAGACAUUUCUCAUGAUAAGUAUGCUGGUAUGGAUAUCUAUGUUGUUAACAAAGAUGCCAUGAUAAAGCUUCUUACAGAGUAUCACCCCAUGGCCAAUGACUUCAGAAGAGAAGUUGUACCAGGUGCAAUUUCCUUAGGAAUGAAUGUAUAUGCACACAAAUUCAGUGGCUACUGGGAGGACAUGAAAACCAUUGAAGCUUACUACCAAGCAAAUAUGGAAAGCUUAAAGAACACAAAUAGCUUGUAUGACAAAGAAUCUCCCCUAUACACUUUGCCUCGACACCUGCCUCCAACUCAGAUAUCUGAUGCUGCUAUAACAGACUCUGUGAUCGGAGACGGAUGCUUUCUCAAUAGAUGCAAGAUCAGAGGUACUGUCGUCGGCAUGAAGACAAGGGUAGGAGAUGGAGCGAUAAUUGAGGAUUCAGUAAUAAUGGGAUCUGAUACUUACCAAAGUGGUCGCGCAGAGGAGGAUAUACACAUUCCUAUUGGAAUUGGAGAAGGCUCACAGAUAAAGAAAGCAAUAAUUGAUAAGAAUGUGAGAAUUGGCAAAAAUGUUAAGAUAUUGAACAAGGAAAAUGUUCAAGAGUGCAAUAAUGAAGCAAAUGGUUACAUUAUCACCAAAGGCAUAGUUGUAAUAAUGAAGGGUGCCAUUAUUCCAGAUGGGAGCAUUCUGUGACAGAUAACAUCAUUCUUUGAAUGACUUGAUAGGAAAUCAUAGCUACAGGGAGUCAAAUUGUACACUGAGAUUUCUUUUUUCUUUUUUUUUGUUAAUUCAUACAUUUUACUUCACUUUGGUUGAUAGUUCAGAUUUAGAUCAUACAGAAUCAUUCUGUAAAGACUUUAAUUCAUGUUAAGGGGAAUAAAGUUUCCAAAUUUUGGAAUCUUUUUAAUAAAAAUGUCAGCUUUGCUCUUUCUGGAAAA